CCAGACUCGGGCGGGCGGGCGGGCGGAGGAGGCGGCCGCUGCGCGCUGCUGCGCUGGCCCCGCCGCCCCGACUCCCGGCGCGCCGCGAUGCGCAGAGGGGCCGCGCCGCACCAUGAGGCUCCGCAGCAAGGCGGCGGCGCUGCUUCUGCUGGCACUGGCGGCGCUGCUCCUCGUGCUGCUGUCCUUGCGCGCCGGCCGCGCCGAGCCCCCCGCGCCGCCCGCGCGCCCCGCGUCCGUCCCGCAGCGCCACCCUGCGCCGGUCCCCGCGCGCUUGCCAGGCCCGGGCGCCCUCCCGGGGGUCCCCGGCGCUCGGAGGCGCCGGCCACAGCGUCCGCGCCCGGGAGCCGGCCGCCAGGGUGCAGCGAGUCUGGAAAAGUUGGCGAGGAGGCCUGGAGAACCUAGGCAUUUCCAUGCUGUGCUGCCACCCGAGCUCUGGAUCCACCUCGCCGUGGUGGCCUGUGGCAAUCGGCUGGAGGAGACGCUGGUCAUGCUCAAGUCGGCCGUGCUGUUCAGCCACAGGAAGAUCCAGUUUCACAUCUUCACCGAAGACUCUCUGCAGUCGGAGUUUGAUAAGCAGUUACGACAGUGGCCUGACUCUUACACGAAGAAGUUUGAACACAGAAUCUACCCUAUCACAUUCUCCGUUGGAAACUCUCAAGAGUGGAAGAAAUUAUUCAAACCCUGUGCUGCCCAGAGACUCUUUCUCCCGGUGAUUUUAAAGGAUGUGGACUCCCUUCUCUAUGUGGACACCGACGUUCUUUUUCUGAGACCUGUGGAUGACAUCUGGAAGCUUCUGAGGCAGUUUAAUUCUACACAGCUUGCAGCCAUGGCCCCCGAGCACGAAAUCCCAAAGAUCGGCUGGUACAGUCGCUUUGCCCGGCAUCCUUUCUAUGGCUCUGCAGGAGUUAACUCAGGAGUCAUGUUAAUGAAUUUAACUCGGAUAAGGAGCACCCAGUUCAAGAACAGCAUGGGUCCAACAGGCUUGGCUUGGGAGGACAUGCUGUACCCUCUGUACCAGAAGUACAAGAAUGCCAUCACGUGGGGAGACCAGGAUUUAUUAAAUAUUAUUUUUUACUUCAACCCAGAGUGUCUCUAUGUGUUCCCCUGCCAGUGGAACUACCGUCCCGAUCACUGCAUGUAUGGGAGCAACUGCAAGGAGGCUGAGCGGGAGGGCGUGUCUGUCCUUCACGGGAACCGGGGCGUGUACCAUGACGACAAGCAGCCAACCUUCAGAGCGCUCUAUGAAGCCAUUCGGGACUUUCCCUUUCAAGACAAUCUCUUUCAAUCCAUGUAUUACCCUCUCCAGCUGAAGUUUUUGGAAACUGUGCACACUCUUUGUGGACGAAUCCCACAGGUUUUUCUGAAGCAAAUUGAGAAAACAAUGAAAAGGGCCUAUGAGAGGCACGUCAUCGUCCACGUCGGCCCCAACUACAUGCACUGAAUAUGUUGUCUUGUUGCAAGUCAAUUAGACAUCUCGUGACCAAGGAAACAUUAAUCUUUAUGCAACCAGGAUCUUUCUGUGUGAAUAUUUUAUGGUGUUCAUGAGUACUGACUGGUAAAAUUUUGCUGAAUUAGUUGCCCCUCGAAGAGAAUGUUUUCCCUUCAUUUUUUUCUAACUCUGUUUUGGAAAAAAAAAUUAAAGAACCUAUUUCACAUUGCUCCAGCAGGAUAUGCUCACAAUGAAAAGGAAGCUUUGAGAGCUUUCCAACCUGUUCAGUGUUGGGACCCUUUCACCCGUACCCAGGGUGUUAUAUUUCUCCAGUACUCCUGAGGCUCUUUCCGUGCAACUCGCUCUCUCCCACCUUUGUUUUAAAAUCAAUACAAAGAGAUCAGGGGCCAAAGUCAAGAUUAGGGCCAUCAUAAUUCUACCAAUCUGUGGAAAAGAUUAUUACCAUUUUACUGUAUUUCCUUUCACCCCCACAUCUUUUUUUCCUACCUUCUGUAUCUCCUAUUAUAACACAUACUAAAAACAGGCAGUCUCAGUAAAAGUAUGCCUCAACACUGAGAUUUUUUCUUACGUAGAAGAUUAAAAAGCUUGACAAGAUCAUUAUGUUUAUGUUUAUCUGGGACAAGCAUUCAAAUUUCAGCUAAUUGGACAGUGUUAAAAGAUAAAGCAUGUAUCUGAGGGCAUUUCUCACGAAAAUUGUUUAAAUUCACGGAGGACUAUUUCAGCAGAAGUUGCUAUACAACAAUAACAUCUGAAAGAAAAUUUCAAUAAUUUUAUCAAAUCCAAGAAAUUUCUUUAGCAAAGAGAUAUGAUUUUAUGUUUGUCCUGACACAAAAACACUUGAUCUCUUAAGUCCUUGCUAUGAGUGAUCAUUUCUCUCCUUUAGUAAAUGUGCUGCCAAAAGGAGAACUCAUUUCUCUCCUUUGAAUUCUUGGACAACAGGUCAAAAAAUCUACAGACUAACGUCAGGUUUAAUGUGUUCAAAGUAAAUAGUACAGCUAAUUCCAUUGGCAAGAAACUUGAAUUUCUUACCAGCCUGAGAAAGGUCUUUUUCCUCUAGGAGCUGUUAGCAAAGAAACAUUGCAGGGCUUAUCACCUAGGACAGUAGAGGAAGUUCUAUAUUCUAUUCCCCAAAGGGUCUUGACUUAAUCCCUAGUUACUCAGAAGGUUGGUACAGCAUAGGGGCAUUUUGCAUAUUUUAUUUAUCUUAAAUUACUUUUGCAUAAAUGACCUCUUUCAUAUUUCUGACAGCCUAGUGAACUUAGCAGGGGUCUAUGUCAUCUCCAUUAGGUAAACAAGGAAAUUGUAACACAAGAAUUGAACAUACUCUACCAUUGCCUGCCUCUUUCUUUCUUUCUUUCUUUCUUCUUAUUCCUUCCUUCCUACCUUCCUUCCUUCCUUUCUCUUUGUUUUGUUUUUUUUUUUUUUUUUUGAAACAGGAUCUUGUCAUGUAGUUCAGGCUGGCCUUGAACUCACUAUGGAGCCCAGACUGGCCUCAACCUUGUAUGAAUCCUCCUGCCUCAGUCUCCUGAGUACUGGAAUUAUAGGAGUAUAAUUGCUUUUUUAUAAAGUCUGUGUGAGAUGCAUCCUAUUUUACAGAAAAUAAAAGUAUUGAAUAUGUUUUAUCAUACAUUAAAAGCAAUCUGAAAGUAUAAAAUAAAAAGUACAAUUUUGUUCUUGUAAAUAUAUAUACAGAAUACAGUAGACUAUCAUAGGUGCUGUAUUAAAGAAAAUCUCUUACUCUGAGAAAAGUGCAGUGUAUAAAAAUCUGAGUGCUACAUAGAAAUGUAUAAAUAUCAGCUAAUGUUAUUAUGUGGCACAAUUAUGGUUAUGACAAAUUUAAAUCUAAAAUGUUAGGGUAAUAGCCCAUACUUUCCUUUUGAUCACCUGGAUGGCCUGUGUUUGGUUAUUUUUGUUAAUGAAUCUAUCAUUAUGAUGUGAAAUACUUACUUUGCUGUCAUAUUGUUUUCUCAUUUCAUACCAGUGACAUCAUCCAUUAUAUCUUUUGUGGUAGACCUUGUGUCCAUGGUAUGUGCACAGAGGAUACAGAGCAAUUUUUAAUUAUCUUUUGUUGUGAGAAAAUAUAUCUUACAUAUUCAAAAGUGGGGUUUUAGUGAAAGAGCCAGGAUAUGAGCAUGGUUUUCUUUCCACCUGUCCAUAAUGGCCAGUGACCCACAAAUGUUGCUCAGACAUUCUGGCUGAUUUAAAGAACUUCCUUUAAUCCUUUGGUGAAUUCAAAGACUUGGAGUCGGAUUUAAGGACUUCAAAUACAAUUCCUUUUUUUUUUUUUUCCUUUUUUAAAAUGAGAGCCAGGAUUACUCACACUGAAUAUGCAGGCAAGGUUGCCAACAACUGAUGAUAGAACUCUGGAACAUUCUAGAAUGAUAAAUCAUAAACCUGCUAUGUCCUGAAACUUGAGGUGAGUUUGGUGGAAAAUUUGCUUUACCAACGCCUUCUACAUGGAAGUGCUAAUUAUUUUCUACAUGAGUCAUUGUUUUCCCUGCCUUGGGUAUCUUCAGCAAACACCUUUAGAAGGUAACACCUUUGAGAAAUGGGAGCCACAAAUUUUAAUUCAACUGACUUUUAAAACAUGCAAUUUGUGGUCUGAAGUUUGCCAGAGGUUGGCUGUAUUACAACCUCAGAUUGUGCAUUGAAUUUACGCGAGGAAAAUGAGAGCUAGUUCUGUCCUGACCUACUGUCCUGCCCUCCUCUCAUUUUCCCUCUCUUACUCUCCCUAACCUCCUCCCUUUUGUCUCUCUCUCCUCUCAUUUUCAUUUGGUCUAAGAUUUUGUUUCACCCGUACAACUAUGGAGCGCCAUUGGAAGAUGAAAGAAGUUUCUAAUAGCAAAAUGUGCUGGUAAUUUUGUACACAUGGAGGUUGAAACUUCCAACAGUAGAGCCACUAGAAGUGCUGAUAGCUUUUUAAGUCUCUCUCUAAUACAAAUCUGAGAAAUUGUGUGACUUCCAUUGAAAAUGAUAAUAUUUAAAAAAUAAAUGCCUACAAAAUUGCCCUGAGUUUUUCUUCUACUUCCAAAAUGACAACUUAGCAUUUGGGGCCUAAUACUGUAAGAAUUACUAUUUAUAUGAAAUUGUUUCAUAGUCAUCCCUUCUAUCUCAAACUGAUUUGACUUUUGCUGAAUUUGAUACUGAAAUGAGUAUUUACUUGGACUCAGGGAGGUUGAAGAGGAUUUUCUUUUAUUGUGACAAUAACGUAAGCAAAAAUAAGCAAGCCAAAUAACACCAAGCUAUUUGUAUUAUAAUUUACAGUGAUCGAUUACCAAAUAAUGAUUGAGUAACUGAAUGAUCAUUUUGAUCUACCCUGCAAACAGGACAGCAUUCAUUCAAAUUUAGGUUUAUGUUUAAAUAUUGCCUGAUAUUUAUAUAUAAAAGACAAAUGGCAUGUAUUUGGCAAAUCAAUGUAAACAUGAUGUCAGGACCAAACUCAGAAAUAUAUUGAAUUCAGAAAUAUGUUGAGUUUCCUGCAAAUACACAUUAUCUCCUUUUUAUUAGAAUGGCAGGCAACUUUUUUCAUGUCUGUCUAUUUUUCUUCUGUUUUUUCAUAUUCCCCUUUCAUUUCCACCUUUCUCUUUCUGUUUACAAUGCAAGCUCCAGUGACAGUGAUACAACAUGGAGAAUCCCUGGGGAGCCAGAUCUAAUUUCUGUUAUUUAGAUCAGAUCUUUCAUGAUGAGUAUUUUAGAAGUUUAAAAAAACAAUCAACAUAGUACAUACAUACACACCAUAUUCCUAUUAAAAGAUGAACCAGCCUGGACUACAAAGUAAGCUCAAGGCCACCCUGAACUGUAGUGAGACCUGUCUCAAAAAGACGAAAAAUAAAUAAAUUUUUUAAAAAGUUGGACAAAUGUUUGUCAUGCCUGUAACUGAGUUAUAGUCAAACUUUAAGUCAAAUCAUUGCAUAAUUGUGUUGUUUGUAUUUAAAGCUGGAGCAUUCUUUGCUAGAGACACAGUUUUGUCCUAGUUUUUAUUUUUCACAGGUCAAAACUAGAAAAAUUCUCUUGAGUCUUCAAGAUAAAGCACUUAUGUUUGUAUCAGCAUAUGCGUGAACAUGUAAGAAUCAGGUGCAGUUUCUGCUUCAUCAGGUUUACAUGUUUAUGUUGUCACUGAAAAACUGUACCCAUGUUUAUAGCUCCCAAGGAGACCCUUACUGCAUUUUUUAUGUUGGAAAACUUUAUUUUUGUGAUUUUUGUUAGCAAAAACAUAAGCAUCAAAAAGAAUACUCCAAAGAAUGAGUUACUACCGCAAAUGAAAUGAAACUCAAGUAUGAUUUAAUUACUGUGUUGUCUUUUUAAAUGUCACUUCCUGUUUUACCUUUUGUCUUUUUUUUUAAUUAAAAGCUUUAAAUAUGUGUCUUUUGGUGGUGUUCUGGAAUCAUGUAUUUUUUUUCUUUGUAAGAUUUCAAGUUUAAAAAAUUAUAAUGUGACAUUGUGAUAUUUAAACCUGACAAGUGAAUAAAUAUUUAGUUAAGUAGCUUAGUCUAUUUUUUAAAAAUCAUUAAAGUUUUGCUUUGUUCCUAAAA